UUCACACCUUUAGUGGAGUCAAGCAAAGACAGCGAAUCGGAGCACAGUGAAACUCCAGAGAGCCCUAAAGAUUAUCGGCAGCGGAGAAAUACUCCCCGACAAAAACCUACAAAAUUGACUGGUAUUACAGGAGACGACAUCAAUGAGAUUGAUCGCAUCGGGGAACGAUUUAUAGCAGGUGCCAAAUUGAUCAUAGAAAAACAUUUGCUUGGAAAAUCAUCGCAGGGCAAAGAAACUGAUGUUAACGGUGAUGUUGAUAUAAAUCCGGAAAAAUUACACGGAAAACACAUCUCACAUGGUGACCGAGAAUGGCUGUACGAAACUCAUUUGAAAGCAGUCAAGGAUCGAAAUUUGACAUCUAUGCUUCACAUGUUCAAGCAUUGCGAAGACUUUGGUCUGGACAACUUAGUACGAGUCAUGAUAUGGAAACUUUCAUUUGAAGAAGUAAAAGUAGACAAAAUCGAUAUGGAAUUGAUUAUGUCGCAUAUUUUGGGGGACAGAAUUAUUUAUGACGAACGUGAUUAUUUGAUAUUGUUUGGCGCUUUCCCGCAAAUUGAGUGGUUACCGGCUCUUCUAACGCUUCAACUUCGACAAGCGAUCGAACUGACUGUUGCCGAUCGUAUCGAGAUUCAAAAGUUUUUGGCAGGCAUUGACAACAGGCCUUUGAUGCGACUAUUAAGCUUGAAGUUACAUCAAGAUAAAACCUGUGACUGCAGUUUGGAUGAUAUCAAAGCUCUGUUUGAAAACUCAACGCUAAUUGAAUUGGACGAAGAAAUAGCAGCCCAGCUACUAGCCAUUGGACUGGGUGCAUGGCCGUUGCGUCUUUUGUGGCUCGAAACCGUGCUUCAAAUCUCGUUAUUGAAAGUAAACCCCGAAAUGGAGUCGGAAGAUUUAGAAGAGCUUUCUUAUUACAUGGGCGAAAUUCGGCAAAAAUGCGGAGACGCAGAUACCUCUGAGUUGUUAGCAAUACUUUCGGAGUUCACCAAUCUAGGCAAAACUGAACUGAAAACAGCAUUACGCAACUUGUAUCGAAACAAGUGGGUUUUGGAUAAAAACACUAAAAGCAUUCUCCGAAACCACUCGAGUUCUGAAUGGAGUUACAAUGUUUCUCUAAAUUUGAGGUCUAGCCAACCGCGUAGCAUUGAACAACUGACAAACCUCAUGGAGGAUGAUUCUACAAACAGUGAAAGGGUCCAAAAAAUACUACUUUCCUGUAAAAACAAAGUCAAUAAAAUCGAAAAAACCGGAAGUCUCAGAAGCAAUAUUCUAGUCUUAUUCAAAACAAAGGCAAGGGGCGAAAUUUUUAGCCUUAGAUGUCAAGAAUUAAAUCUUAGAUCAAAAGAUUUCAUACAUAAAAUAAAAAGUGAAAUAGCUAGGCUCAACCGGAAAGUUAGCGACAAUAAAGAAAGCGUCUUGAAAAACAUUUCUCAAUGGACGGAAAAAGAUGUAGAAAAUUGGGUGAAAAGCUUUACCUGGGACUAUUUUAAGGACAUUAAAAGCAAUUAUUGGAUUGAAACUCUAUGUGUAAUAGAUCAGGCAAUUUACCUCAAAGUUGGUUUUCACUUACGAGCCACUCAACUUCUGGCUGUUGUCAUUUUCAUUGAAACAGGCAAUGCAGGAAUUCUCGAACAAAUUUCUACGGGCGAAGGAAAGUCUCUUAUAAUAGCAACGCUUGCUAUUUACAAAGCUCUUGUCGAAAAUGAAAACGUCGACAUCAUUACUAGCUCAGUGGUUUUGGCAGAGCGAGAUGCGAAAGAGCACAAAGAACUGUACAGAUUGUUUGGUUUAAAUGCAGAACAUAACAAUGUCGAUGGGAUGAACAAGAGACAGGAGAUGUAUUCUAAGUCCCACGUGAUCUACGGAGACAUCAGUUGUUUCCAGAGAGACCUGCUCCUAGACCGAUUCUACAACGUCGGUAAUGGAAUCGAGAGUCGCAAAGUAGGCUGCGUGAUCGUAGACGAAGUAGACAGCAUGUUGAUAGACAAAGGGAACAACACUCUCUAUUUGUCGCACAAUAUUCCAGGUAUGGACGCUCUGGAACCUCUGUACGUUCAUAUGUGGACUGUUGCUCAUGCUCACGGAGUAACAGGAAGCGAAAAGGACGUUGCAGCCAUAGAACUCACCACCAGACAGGCAAUGCAUCCUCUUCUCGUAAAAGAUGAGCUUCGUGAUAGAACUGACGUUGAAGAGAUGAAACUAGAACGAGUUUGGGAGGAACUGAUCCGACUUGAAAUCAUAGACAAACACGGAGAAAUUUUAGAUGGAAAUCAACUGUUGACAGAUAGCAAAACACUCAAUAAAUUGCACAAAAACAAAAUUGAGUUGACAUAUUUGGAAAAAGGAAAAAUUGUUUCGUUGAUCAAAGAUAGCAGCAGGCGAAGAACGACUGUUGAAAUUCCAAAUAACCUUAGACAAUUUGUUGGUCUUCAUUUGAAGGAAUGGGCAGAAAACGCACUUCUGGCGCGAAGGAUGAACGUCAAUGAGGACUACAUUAUUGACAUUGAUCGAUCGGAGACCGCACGACGAACGGAACCGAACAUCGUUAUUAUGGACAACUACACGGGAGAAGAGCAGUACUCCUCGCAAUGGAGCAGUGGCCUCCAUCAAUUCCUCCAGCUCAAACACUCCUGCCGUCUCUCAAUGGAAUCCUUGAAAGCCGUAUUCAUAUCAAACACUAAGUUUUUUGAGAGGUAUGGGUCCAAUUUGUUUGGGCUUUCAGGUACGUUGGGUUCUCAAAGCGAACGGAACUUUCUAAAAAAUAUCUACCGAGUUGAUUUUUGUAAAAUACCUACCUUUAAGGAGUCUCGUUUUGAAGAAAUUACACCAGCCCUUUUCAGACAUCGAGACACUUGGCUCAAAGCGCUCACGCAAGAAUGUGUAAGGAUAACGCACGAAAAACAGGUUGUUUUGGUUAUUUGUGAAAACAUAGAGCAAGUCAACAUAGUCGAAACUGCUUUUAAAAAAUUGAUGCCUGCAAAUAGCCCAGCAAACACUUCAAAAAUGGCAGUUGGUGAAUCCAAGAAGUUUCUAGAAUGCCCGCUGCACGUUUGCACGCGCAGCUAUGUGCCAAUCGUUGGGAGCGAAGAAGAAAUUACGGAGCCGUGCGUCAUAGUUUCCACCAACUUAGCCGGCAGAGGUACGGAUAUUAAGAUAAACGAAGAGCUCAGCGAAAAAGGAGGCUUACAUGUGUGUGUAGCGUACAUGCCUCCAAAUGUAAGAAUUGAGGAACAAGCCUUCGGAAGGACUGCACGGAAAGGUCAAAAGGGAAGCGGCCAAAUAAUCUGCUGCGAUGAGACGAAAACCUCCCAAGAUAGAGUGAGCUCGUUUGCCGACUUCUUUCAACAGAAGACAGAGCGAAACAAAAACGAGGAGAAAAUUGUGAACGACCUCGAAGCUACCUACAAAAAUUACACCAAGCCUGAAGAAAACCUACUUGAACAGUUCAAGGAUUCAUACAAACUGUUGAGUCAACAUCUGAUAUCCAAAAACAAAGGAAUUUUGAACCGACUGUUUACAGAUGUCAAAAAGAAAGAACAAGUUAUGAAUAUUAUUCUGAAUAAUUGUCUCGACAGUUGGGCCUUUUUGCUAGACCAAUUAGGUGCCACACAAAAACAUGAUUUGAAAAAUGCGUCGAUUAAAGAGUUUUUGAACAAAAUAAGCGACGCGAUUGAGCUCGACAAUGCUCAAGAGCAACUCAUUGAUCGGUCAGCGCAAAAGAUUCAGUAUGCAAACCUUAUCGAGGAUGAUACAGGACUGAAGAAACUGAACGAAGUCAUUUCUGACGACUGCCAUUAUCGCGCGAUAGCCCAAUACUAUUCUGCACAUUCACUAAUCAAGAAAUAUAAUCACAACAGGAAAGAUAACCCAAGAGAAUGCGAGAUGGUCUUCAAACUCCUCAGAAGCUCCCUGAUGAAUCUGAAAAAUCGUCAAGAGAAACUGGCGGAGUGGAUUGUGACGGUUGGCGAGAUAGCGAAAAGUUACUCAAACACGGGUCCCAGUUUUGUACUAGUCAAUGACUACGAAACUCAAAAACAAGAAAUAACUGGAAUUUUGGAAGUAUUUGUUGACUCUAUUCGGAACGUACUGGGAUUUGAACUCUCAAGCAGUCUAAUACAGUCUGAGGGCAUUGAUCCGGAUCAAGCUCAGCAAUUUCUGCAGGAAUUAAUCUGUAAUAAGCUAGUUAAAAACCCCUGCGUUGUUUCGAAGCAAUGGUUAGAAUUGAGGCAAAAAUACGCAUUGCACGAACAAGAUAUUGACGCGUUUCUGGACAGAAACGAAGGCAAGGAAAUCAAGAAGGAUGAUAUGAAAGGCUUGUUGCCAAGUCGCGAAGACUUUUGGGAUGAAAUGCGAAAAAGCAGAUUUAUAAAAAUGAAAAGCGAUUUGUAUCUUUGCAAGAAGAAGCUGCGAAAAAUUUACUGGCAGAAAAUCAUCCGAAACUUUACGAAAAAAUUAAACAGGCUUUUUCUGAGACAAGCCAGGCAAAGGCAAUUCUAUUGAACAAAAGUGACA